UAAAGUAUAUUUUAUUUACGAAUGUAGAGAUUGCGUUUGAAAAUUAAUGUUGCAGCAGUAAAUAGGUAGCAUAUUACACUUGGUUUCCUAAUAUUUAUGAUAAAUAAUAGAUUAUCUGAUAGUAAUAUAUUAUUAGUAAAAUGUUUAAAAAACGGGAUACCCAGGAGACCAGAGUGGAGGAGCUGCCAAGGACUGGAGCACUCAACGUCAAGACGAUCGAUGGCGGCUACUUGGGUCCCGGCGCUGAAGACGACCCCUUCUCUUACAGGAGCAAACGAGACAAGCGACGUCGGUCGUCAACUCUGAGCAACAUGAAUGCGGGCACGGAUGCCUGGGGCGACGACGGAGCCUCAAGCGUCACCUCGGCCGACGACAACGUUAAGAGGGAGAAGUGUUGUAACCCGGACUAUGGCAUAUGCGGUGGUUGCUGCUACCCUUUUUCAUGCCUCGGCUUCAGCAACAACCAGGGCCUGAUCCUGAUGGCCAUCGGCUUGCUGACCAUCUUAGCUGGCCUCAUCGUAGGCUUCGUGCUGCUAAUGACCAGUGUCUUGAACAACCGCCGGAUCUGCUACACACCCGAGUGUGUUGUUGCGGCUGGCGAGAUGAUCACAGCGAUGGACCGCAGCGUGGACCCGUGCGACGACUUCUACGAGUUCGCGUGUGGCGGGUGGAAGAGACACAAUCCUGUGCCUGCAGGCUCCAUGGGGUGGGACUCCUUCUCCAUCAACGCUGCCACCACCUACUUCUCCAUUAAAGAACUUUUGGAAGCAGAAUCAACGGUAGAAGAACCUGAAUUCGUGACUAAAACUAAAAAUUUCUACAGAGCUUGCGCCAAUGAAACGGCAUGGGAGAUUACUGGGGUAGAGCCUCUCUUAUACGAACUGGGCAAAGCUGGCGGCUUCCCUCUGAUCAACUCGUCGUGGUCACCUGACUCGUUCGACUGGCUGGACAGUGUUAUUCUUACCAGAGUGUUGUACGCUGCCGACUACAUCCUCAGCAUUGGGGUGUCGUACGACUCAAAGAACAGCUCCAACAAUGUCAUUCAUUUGGGAGAAGGCUACCUACCUUCGCCUCGGGAAUAUAUUUUAUCGAACGAGACUCGAUACCGAAACAUGGAACUACAACGAAUAUUUUCGUUAGCUAACACAUUAGGCAACGCCAUGCCUGGCACUGCAGGACUCAACCAGAGUUCCGUGGAGCCGGUGUUACUAAACGUCUCUGAUAUCAAUUCAAAUAAUUCCACAACAAUAACAACGAGCGCUCCUGUUCAGACGGAGCUGCCAUUAUCAACCGAGCCUGUCACUACCACGUCUCCAAACUCAAGAAAAAUGAACCCGCGUGAAAUGCAAGACGAGGAAGAUGAAGUUCUCAAGCUCUUCCUCGAGACGUCAAAACACAAUAAAAAGAUGCAAGUGGAGCGCAGUGGAGCCAUCAUUACUCUGGACGGAAUAGCCACUGAUAUUAGCAGAGUGAAACUGCCACCCGUUGCUAGGGAUGAAGAACAAAGUGCGAGUGCAGCUACACAAGCGAGAGCUCAAGAAAUGCAGAGUGACAACAUUACUGCACUUUAUGACUUCAUCUACAAACUGGCAAAGUUAACCAAAGGAGGAGCGGACCUCAACGAUCUGUACGCACAGUACAACCCCAUGACCAUUGAGGAACUUCAGAGGAAAACUGAUGCGAUGGGCAACUCAGCUGCCAAGGUUAACUGGCUGUCGCUCUUCAAUAAGAUAUUCGGAGUUGCCAACAUCACAGUGACCGCCAAGGAGAGGAUAAUCGUCACUAAUCCUGACUACAUCUAUGGCGUCUUGAAGCUCAUAAAAGUGACUCCUAAGCAUGUGAUCGCGAACUUCCUGAGCUACAUGCUGGCGCUGAACCUGGGCGAGGAGUCGGACGCUGGCUUCCAGGGAGCAAUCCAUUCAUCCUUCCCAGUGUCUCAGAGGAACUCUAGGACUCGGCAUAUUGGAAGGCAAGAAAUAAGGCCGUGGUACGACUGCGCCUCUAAAGCCAACUCUCUCAUCACAGAGGCCGUCUCAUACCUCUACUUGAAGCAAUAUUUCUUGCCCGCCACGAGAGAAAAGGCGGCAGAGAUGAUGUCAGAUGUCCACGACGCGUUCAGGUCUUUGCUCAAGGACAACACUUGGAUGGAUGAUGAGACUAAAAAAGACGGACUCCGGAAAGUCGACGAUAUGGUUCAACUUGUGGGCUCCGGCAAGAACACAACCAACGUCACGGCGCUGAUCGAGCUGUACAAAGACUUGCCCGACUUCGGAGACAAUCACUUCGAGAACAUCCUGAUGAUCGCCCGCUAUCUGAGCGUCGGGUCCCUGGCUUACCUCAGGGACAGUCCCAGCAGAGAGGCUUUCGGCAUGAGUCCUGUAGCCAUCAACGCAGCCUACAGUUUUGGCCAGAAUGCCAUGAUUAUCCCUGCCGGAAUUCUUCAGCCGCCGUUUUAUCGAAGAAAUACGUUCACAGCCCUGAACUACGGAGCAAUUGGUGUUGUCAUCGGGCACGAAGUGUCCCAUGGAUUCGAUAAUUCGGGCAAAGAAGUCGAUGCUCAAGGCAACCUGCGGCCAUGGUGGUCUGAAUCUUCGCUCAAAACCUACUCGGCAAAAGCCAAGUGUUUCUCUGAUCAGUACAGUCAGUACCCACUGGAAACUGACCUUCAGGGCGAAGAGAUUGCUUUGAUGGGCUAUAAGGUAGACGGCAACGCUACGCUUGGGGAGAAUAUUGCUGACAACGGGGGCAUCCAGGCCGCAUACAAAGCUUACCAGAGGCGCGUUGCCUUGACUCGUGAGUACUACAAACUACCGGGGCUGGAGGAGUACAGCAACGAGCAGCUCUUCUUCAUCAGCUUCGGCCAGAUGUGGUGCACAAGCUUCACCCUUCAAGGGCUGAAAGGGGCCAUCUUGGUAGGACCUCAUGCCCCGGGACCCAUGAGGGUGAAGGGAACCUUUCACAACACCCAGCAGAUGAGGGAUGCCUUCAACUGCCCUAGUAAAUCCGAAAAUGAAAAUCAGCAAACUUGUCGAGUUUGGUGAGAGUGGAAGUUAUUUUUGCCAACGAUUCUCUUUGUCUCCAUGACAACAAUAGCAGCUAUAUGGAAAAGCCUUGAAAUGAAUUCGCAUUCAAGCUCUGAAGCUUCGAAGUUUUUGGACGUCCAAUGAUAACUGCCUCUGUAAGAGUCGUGAAAAAAGCGCAAUCGUCAAGCCAAAAUCAAGUAAACAUUCAAAAAGUAUAACCACGGAAUUUAGAGUUGAGCUUUAACAUUGCGUUGUCCAAUACUUUGAUUCACUAAGCGACUAACGUUGAAAAAUUGUUUUAACUCGUGUAUGGCUUGUAUCGACUAUAGAGAUUUUAAAGGUACAACACAUCAGUGAUAGAUCACAUUUAUUCUGUGUGCCGGUGGAAUCUCAGACGAAGGUGCUUAAUUAUUCAUGUCAAAUAACCCUAAAUACCAGAUGCCUAAUUUUAUUGAGCAUUUUUAUUGUACAUCGCUAUGUACAUUAGAUUCUCGAGAAAAACUAUUUCAGUUACUUUACGUUUGACGUAGAGUAAUGGUCAUCUAUACAAGAAGAAUCAACUUCCAAGUUAUUAUCUCAUUAAGUUCUAGUUAUUAUCUCAUUACAUCCUAAUUAUUAUCUCAUUAGGCGUAUAAUUAUGCCAGUUUAACUGCCCGUUUCUAAUGGGUUUUGCUGUAACUCACGGCUAGUUUAUUUGGAUCGCCGAGAAAGAGUAUUUCAUUAACUAGAAUUCAUUCUGUAUUAGACGUUGAAAAUUUUUUUUUACUAUUAAGGGUUAGUUAUUGCAUUUGAUAAGAGAUUAAGUAUUUAUUUAAUGCCAAAUUAACUCGACGUACCGAAAUAUUACAGACUUUAAUCUUCACAUUGACGAGAGAUAAGGAAUGAAUGAUCUAAUAUAUUCUUAUAACCAGCUUGUGUAAAUUAUAAAUAAAUACCUUAUUC